AUGAUCAUUGAAGGUGAGAAGUGGGCGUGUGAAGCUUGCGUCCGAGGUCAUCGGGUUAGCAGCUGUCACCACGGUGACCGCCCUUUGACCCAUAUCAAUAAAAAAGGCCGCCCAGUCUCUCAAUGUACCCACUGUCGCGGCCUGCGCAAGUCUCGAACAACCCACGUCAGGUGCGAAUGUGGCGACAAGAAAAAGAAAGCCGAUUUGGACUGCCAUGGUGACAAGCGAGAUCUGAAGGACUCCCAUCGCUGUGGCUGCUGCCAUGGCCAGCGCUGUACCUGCGCGCUGAUAAAGGAAUCUCAUCUUGACCCCGUGCCAGAGGCAGGUCUGCCUGUGUCUCUGCCGUCUGUCCCGGCUGAACCUACACGGAAGCCCCUGCUCACGACGACAAAGUCCGAGUCGACGUUGAGUGGGCUGACGAUCUUCCGUGAUGGUCACCACAAACCCGCCCAUAAGCAUAAUGACAUGGCCCACAAGUGUGGAUUGCCGUACACAAUCCCACGAUCACAUACAAUUCACCAUCCGUCCGACAUGCCUCGCAGGUCGGUGGACCACCUUCCGUUGACCCAAUCUGCCUUUGUUCAGGAACCGCUCUCUCUGUCAAUGGAGCCUGUGUCCCAGUCGCAACAGACAUCGCAAGAGGGAUCUCCCCACAGUGCCCCCGCAACAGGCUCAGAAGAGGUUCCUAAUCCGGCUUCUCUCGAUCAAUCGUUCCUCGACAAGUUUCCCCCUCCCACUGCCGCAAUAGAGCAACCGACAGACGGUACCGCCAAUCCCACGUCUGCCUCGGGUACCAUGGAUAAGUUUCCUCUCGAGCAAAUCAUCACCAGCGUACCUCCGCCCCUCGAUGUCUCGUCCUUUGCCUCCUUCCCGAAUACCUCGUCUAAUUCACCGAUUACGUGCAUGGCCUUCCAGGAUCACUAUCAAGAUCAGUACUUCACCUCUCCGGACUCUGAAUUCCCGUUGGGAUCUGCGGGCGCAGGUGCACCAUCAGUCGACUGGUCGAGUUUCCCGCUGUAUUCCGAUGCCCCUGCCACUACCAGCACCCAGGCCCCGUCAUACGCCAGUUUCGAUUACAACUCGUAUCCCUCGGGCCUGCCGCCGCCAUCGUCCUCCGGCGAUAUCUCCGAAGUUGACGAGUUUGGGCCGCUUCCCGGUCUGGGACAUGCUGGUAAUGACAUGCACGACCUCCACAGCGUGAGCGAAGCGUCAGAGUUGGACCAUCUCCGUAUCAGCUCUGCGUCGUCAUUGGUUGGACUCCCGCAGGCGCGACUCUUGUCAUCCAAUGAUCUUGAGUCGAUCAACAUCGACGAUUUCCUCAAGUCCGCCAAUGAAUCUACCGCUGCGCUCGAGCACCAGCUUCAAGCCAGUAUGGGCAUCGAGGCCAAGUCAAUUACAGCGCAGGACAUGUACUCCAUGGCCCCUUCGCAGGAUACGAUUCCCACCUGGCCGGCCAAUCUCUUCAACGAUGAAUCGACCCCGCCCAUGGACGACGAUUACUUCCGUCAAUCGUGGGCCCAAUAA